AUGGCGCUGGACGUUCGUUUAUCCCGCGAUGUGGAUGAGCCGUGGGGCUUCCAACUCUUCGGCGGAGCUGAUGAGGAGAUGCCUCUGACUAUUGAGAAGAUAGAACCCGACUCCCCAGCGAAGCGAGCUGGUCUGCUGAACGGAGAUACUAUCCUGACCAUCAAUGGAGAGGAAGCUAUAGAUAUGUCUCUCGCAGCAGCCAGCCGAAGAGUUGAGGGGGCCGGUCAUAGCCUCACUGUUGGCGUGGUGCGCGGUCUCUACGACCCGGUUCUGCACGAUUUCGAGCCGAUUUACGACUACGAACCGGACGAUUCCGGCCGACAAUCGGAACCCACUGAGGAGGAGAUAAGAGAAAUCGAGAGAAAAUCAUCUCUACUGGCAUCAGCCAUAGACGAAACGAUCAAGAGCAUAGAGGAAUACAAAGAAGAAGUGGGCAUAGACACGAAAAAAGAAGUAAAAACUCAAGAGUUUAAAGAAGAAAAAAUAACCAAGAGCUACAAAGAGUCUUACACUAAAGAAGUUAAAACAGAAAGCAUACAGAACGGUUUCCAAGAAAUUGACACAAAAAUUGAUGAAAUUAUGGAGCAAUGUAAUGCUUUAGUUUCUAUUGCUGAUUCUGAAACUCCAAAAAUAAUAGAAAAUGAGACUCAAGGAAUCGUAACUGAAGUUGAUGAGAAAGAAAGUAGAAAACAGAGCGUUGAAAUUGAUGUUAAAAUUGAAACCGAACCAAUUAUAACUAGCGAAGAUAAAUCGAAAGAGAAAAGUGUAAAAUUCGAAAAUGAGGUCAAAAUUGUUGAAGUUGAGAUCAUCGAUGAAAAAAUACCUGAAGUAGAAAAGAAAGAAAGCAUUCGUGUUGAUGUACCUGUAGAGAAAGAACCUGUACCUGUAGCUGCGGCCCCUGUACCUGUAGCAGAACCUGUACCUAUUAUUCUAGAUCCGGUACCUCCAACACCAGUUGUAGAAAAACAACCAGAAGAAUUGAUACAGCCUAGGGUAGCUCCUGAGGUACCUGUAGUUCAGGCACCUGUAAGAACAGAAGAAGAAAAGAAACCUGAUCCUCUAUUAGGAUUUAGGCCCGUAGUUUUUGAUCCUGAGAAUCUUCAGAGGCAGACUUAUCAAUAUCCUUUUGUUGAGGAACCCAUGGUACCUCAAGAGCCGAGAGGAUCCCCAUACAUGUCAGAGACUGGUGAAAUAAUUGGUACUAUCCAAGGAAUCGUUGAUGGCUUGGAAACCCCUGUCAUGGAUGAGGAGGUUGCUAAGGAACUGGGCAAACCUGGUAUAUCAGAGGAAAAGAUAGCCACACUCAUAUCUGGAGAAGCGGAAAUGUUGAGAGAGGCACACGUUAUGGGCCUCUCAAGAGUACUAUCAUCACACAUGCAUCGGGCUGAUGAUUCCAGCGUGGACUUUCAAGUGAUAAAACCAAUGAUCGGGACUCUAAAAGACUCGGAAGUGAUAAAAGCCUUAAACGAAGAGAUAGCAAGAGAGAAGGCAGAACAGAAGAAGAAAGAAGAGAAGAGAUGGACGACGUUUUUGCAGAAGCCGAAGAGGCCGGUGCCUAAAGCGAAGUUCGGGUAUCAGGGGUGGACGCAGGAUGAGGAAGUUGUGGCGGAACCGUAUAAAGUGAAGAUAGUGAAACAGGCAAAGCCUAAAGUUGCUCCUGAUUAUAAACCUGAGGACUUCGAAACUGGUCCUCUGCCGUGGGAAGAGAGAGCUCACACAGAGGCGUCUCUGCCACCAGUGGAACCUGAAGAGCCUAUACUCAUACCUGAGGUACCGGAGUUCUUGGAAGCUGUUGACCCUUUGAAGGAGAGUGAGGUGCCUGAUCUUGAGGAUACUGGUAUACCCCUCCCCCCACCAAGAGAACCGACACCCCCACCAAUAGUAGUGGAACAACCUGAACCUGAACCGAUACCAGAAGAGCCAGAAGAACAAGUAGCGCCAGAAGAACAGAAGGUAGAGAAGACAGAGACUAAAGAAGACAUGGAGAAUAGGAUGGCUGAGCAGCUCGUGAGAAGUGUGCAGAGUAUGAUCCGAACGCCAGCUUAG